GGCGCGCGCGGUUCCAAAGGCGGCGGGCGGCUGGCCUGAGCGGCCGGGCCGGCGGGAGCGGCGCUUUACCGCUUUUGAGCAGCAUAUACUGAAUAGUGAAAUGUCCUCAAAGAAGAAAAUAAAGAAGAAUAAUACCAGCUAUAAGCUAGAGGAGCACAAAGCUGACUCCAGUCUUCGGUGGAAAUCACUUCCGCUUGAGGAACCAGAUGUUUCAAGGAUAUUGAAGGUAGCAGAAACAAAUCAACUUGAGGAACUUGAUGAUUCCUUUGAUCACCCUUUGCACAGUACUGCUGUGGAUGCUUAUGGAGAGGAACAUUCACAAAACGAGGCACUCAGUCGUGUUUCAGCACCACAAAGGCAAAAUACAGACAGACGGUCUGGUGGGAAAAAAAAAAAAUUUAAAAAAACACGUUACUCAAAGCCCUCCAAUGGUGAUGUUCAGAAAUUCAACACAGCUGGUGCUGGAGAGGAACCCCUUGAGGAGACUGUGAAAACUCCGAAUACUACUCAAUUCCAGGCAGAAAAGGAGCAGCCUUCAGAUGAGAGCACAUCAGAUCCUUCUGUGGAUAGCCCACAUUCUGUACAGGUUUGGUGUCCCAAAGAGCUGAAGAGAUCUCUUAGAGAUAUUACAGAACUGGAUAUUGUUCUGGCCGAAGUUGAGAAGAUAGCAGAAAAUUACAGACAAAGCAUAGAAUCAAACAUUUGCAGAAAGGCUAUCAGUGACUUUUCUUCUGCUUUCAAGGAUCAAAUCACUGAUCUUAUAGCAGGAGUCCAGGAAUUAAAGAAUAUGAAGAAAAAAAAUGCUAAGGCAAUAACAAACAUCAGAAAGAAAAGGCAGCAACUGGUGCAAGUCAGAGAAGAGCUAAUUGGAGCUGAACCACAACUGACACAAUUACAAAGAGAAUAUGCUGAGUUACAGGAAAGGAAAUCUUCCUUGAGGCAAACAAUUGAAUUAAUUACUGAUUUAAAGGAGCUACAGCAAGACUGUUUGGAUUAUAGAGAAGAAAACCCAAAAGAAAAAGUAGUAUAUGGAACUUCAAGCCUCCCUGCUCUUCUGGUGGAGUCUCGGAGAAUUCUAGGAGCAGAAAGGCACUUUGAGAGUAUCAAUAUGAAACUGGAAGAGGCUCUGGCUGUACAAAAAGAACAGGAAUCAAAGAAAAAUUAAGUGUCUUUUUAAGACUUUCAGACAUUCAGUAGGGACAGUUAUUAGAAUUGUCAGUGCUUAAAGCUUGUUUAAUCAUUGUUACUCUAUUUUGUUUCAGUGUUUAAAAGAAGUCAGCAACUUAGAUAUUGUAUCUUUUUACAGUCCAAUAUCAAUGAAAGGAAAUAGUGAUCACAGUUAAUAAAACUUUUCCUUACUCUGAACAA